AUGGCUUUCACCGCUAUGUCUGGAUCGCCUGCUCAGAGUCUACCACACGAGAUUCUUCUCUCCAUCUUUACCAUCCUCACCAUCCUACGUCCUAUAACCCAUUACCCGGGCAGGUUCAGACCUGGGUGGACGGUCGUCACGCAUGUCUGUCGACUAUGGCGCGAGGCUGCCCUGAACUCAGGCGGCAUUCUCUGGGCCGAGUCUAUCAGCAUCUUUCCGGACACCGCUCUCGAAGAGAUCUUGAGGCGCGCAAAGCGCGUCCCUCUCUCUCUAAAUCUCGACGAUAUCUGCCUUUACCCUGGCGAUGCAAUGAUGGAACACCUCUUGCGACGUUCGAAACGCGUCAGGGUCGGGUUCUACUCGCGCGUGCCAACUUACCUAUGGCUCGCGCAGUUGGCCGAGCAGGCCCGUCCGGAGCUUAAGCAGCUGGUUCUCCACGAGAACCCGCAAAGCCGUAUCAUCGCCCCCUACUUUGCCGAAGACUUUGUCCUGCAAGCUCCUGCACUCACGCACUGCACCCUAUCGAGGUGCGUCCCGCUGGCUGCCCACAAGCUGCGCGCGCUCCGUAUCGACUCGGCCUGGGAAGGAUGUCCCGUGCAUGAGGUGCUACGGUACCUCUCUGCGUUCCCUCUGCUGGAAGAUCUCCACCUCUGCUUGAAAGAAGCUAUAUCCUAUCCAGUGCCCGAGGCGCCGUUCGAACUGCGACUAGAAUCCUUACGCUCGUUCGUCAACGCGAGCACCGACUGCAGUGUCGUGGCUUUACUCCCGCGUCUACACGUCCCAUCUACGACGGACCUCUCCUUCAUUCUAGAUUUGAAGGCAGACGACUUAGCAGGGGUUGAAGAGAUGCGGAACGAGCUGCUCAAGCUUUGUCUUGCACUAUCCCAUUCAUGUCGUUCAGAGACGCGUCCCCACAACACGCUCGUGUGGGACUUACGGUGCCCUGUGCCAUAUCUUAUGCGCUUCACGCUCUGCGAUCGACAUUCGCAGUAUGCCAUUCAUCAAGACGACGGGCUGCAAGCACGGCCCGGUGGGACGACACAAAUCCAGAUCUCUGGCGGGUGCCCGAACAUGUGGCCCUUCGGCUGUAUCUCGCGCGAUGCCCUCACGGACCUCCUCUCCGCUCAGCCCAUCACGACGCUGUGCAUCCCUUUCUUCGGACUCUACGGCGGGUCAGACUUGGAGCUCGACGACGCGUAUGAGCCUCUCAAGGGCCCGGGGCUGCGCAAUGUGACAGAGCUCAUCGUGCACAGGCCCUCUCAUCAUUUCUUCUCGCUCCUCUCGCGUCCACAGGCUCUGGACAGCUCUUUCCCGCUCAUCCUCCCGAAGUUAUCCCGCAUCGUGAUCGACACGUCUUUCUACGGCCAGACUCUGAUGUCAGAGUCAGAAGCCGCGGAAUUUGCGAUCGGCAAUUACCAUAACUGCAAGUGGAUCUCGCAGCUGCGCAAAGCACUCGCUCAUCGCGUCGCUAUGUCGGACAGAAAGUUGAACCGUCUGACGUUCAAGGGGGAGAAGGGCAAGGGUCAUAUGGAAUGUGCGUCCAGGUUCUGCGAACGCCUUACUGGAGAACGCAUGAAGGGUUUCGAGGCCUUCGUUUGCGAAGUUCGGGAUGAUCGGGUGUAA